CCUCAGCACUGCUGAAUACCAGAGAGGGGAUAACUGGAAACUUGCAACCCUGCCCUGAUCUGCUGUCCCAGGAUACUGGCCUUAAAUACUUAAACCGUGACCUGUGUUCUUCAGGCAAGCAUGUUUUUCCAUUCCCUGCAGGUGCAUGUUAUCCAGGCAAGCGUGUGUUCUUGUGAGCACAGGAAAUUGUUCCCUUCUUCCCCUGUUAGGGCUUGUGGGACAUGAAAUCCAAAUCCACCCCUUUAGUAAUGUUUCUGUUGCUCGCCACCCAAGACUGAGCCCCAGUCCCUUUGUCAGGGAGCUCUGCCAUGAUGGUGGGAGCUUGCCCGUAAGAAAGCACUACAAUAGUAAGGCCAUACUGUAGCCUGAUGUUUCAGUAUUGGGCACAGUGGGUUUCCCUGUGGUACCGCAGGCUGGAAUUUGUCAUCACUUAGCACUGGAAGAGUCGAUACCACAGCCCAGGGUGGACAUGCUUCUGUGAGGGUGUUUCAGAAAGUAAUGGCAAUUUUGGAAUAAAACCUUUUUCCAUGCACUGAUCAUUUACUGUCUAACAUUAGUUUUCUUAGGGUUGGCAAACUGAUCAAUUGAUUAGUCAAAUAUAGUCAGUUGACUGCACGUUUUUUGUCUGGUCAAAGAUUAUAGCAAUUUUAUGUUGGGUGAAUUUUUUUUUCAGUUUUCUUGACAGAAAUAUUUUUUUUUCCUUGUUUUUGACACAUUUCUUAAUGGAAAAUUUGGGCUUUUUCUAUGUAUUAUUUGACUGUGUUGGCAAUUUUUGACUGAUAUUUGACUGAUCAAUUGACCAAACUUUAUAUGACCAGUCAAUACCUAACCCUAAGUUCUCUACAUAGUUGUAAACGCUGGGCACAUUCAGCAGUGUCAUCAGUGUUCUCUGCUGCUGUGUAGCUUCCCACUCAUUGUACCCAAAAUGGUUUUAUUUUGAAAUUGCUAUUACUUUCUGAAACACCCUCAUACAUUCGUCCUGGAGGGCAUGAUGAGCCCUGUAUUUCCUCAUGACAAUUGUAAUGCUGAGCAGAAGCUCUGGGAGCCGUUAGGGAGAGGGUGGGGCUCCUAUCCACUGCUACUGGUUCCUCCUGCUCAGUGGAAACUGGAACUUCCCUCCAUAGCAAACAAAAAAUACAGGCAGUGUUUAAUCAGCAUCUCAGACUGUGUUUCAUAGCUCACAGGUGUUAGUGGAAUCCACAAACUCAUGGUCUGAGGGAAAUAAACUCAGGGUUGGAGCAGAAUCUUCCUCUUUCUGCUGCAUCUUGGGGGCCCUGCAAACCACGGGUCCUGAGACUUAGUGGCCAUGUGCAAGUUAACCCCAAGGCCUUUAUCCCAGUGCAGAUUCUUCUAACUUGGAGAACACCUGGGGCUCACUGGCAGAGGAAAGCUCCAUGGCCUCAUUCCCCAGAGAAGAGAUUUCUCUGCAGGCAGCUAGGAAGCAGAGCUCUGCUUUUUCCAGAAAGGAGAGCUGGAGGGCUCAUUUCAGGCCUGCCGCAUGAGCUGCAAAUCCUCCGCUUCAGGAAUAUUUCCUUGAGGGAUGUGGGCUGGCAUAGUUUGGCUUUUCUUUCUAUUCCCAGCAGCCCUUGGAGUUUGCUUAUACCGCAGCAGAGGUCUGUCCCAGAGAGGGCAAUGUUCAGCAUGCCCCACACACCCAUGACUGUGGAGGCACUCCAGACCCAGCACUUUGCCAAUGAAGCUGUUUCAGUUCUUGUCCUCAUAUGCUGUUCUUAGAACUGCUAGAUACCAAGAGCCUGAGAAGAAGCCCUGGGGAUGCACUCUAAACAGCUUCACUGGUGAUGUUAUGCGUCUCUAGCAUGGCAGCAACCUUAGGUGGGUGGGCAAUGCUCAGCAGAAUCUUCUCCAGGACCCACAACUGCUGUGGUGUAAAUAAGCUCUUUGAGAGCCUUGUUCUUCCAUUAGAGAGAUGCCUCUUGUCUCCCUUUCAGCCACAGAGAGCAAGAGCCAUUCAGAUCUUGUGCCAGUGCAUGUAUUCCACAUGUGUCUACCCCCAAAGGGUGUGAGGUGAUAUAGUUCUCCCCAUAGCAUAACAAGUGGUAGGUAUGAACCCCAGGUGCUCAGUUGGGGCCUACCAAAAUCAUGAUUUUGCCUUUUUCAUGGAAAAUGCAAAAUUAGGCGUCUUCUGAAAAACGGUGGUCUCUGAUUUCAGCAGGAUCACCCGGAGGAAAAAAAAACAACUUGCCAAAGCAAAGAAAUGAGUGGGAAGCCCUGCAUCUUUGGAGCAUGUGGGGUGAAAGGGAGCUAAUUUGAGGCUGUCAGUACAGGUGCCAGUCUGGGGCUGGCUGGGGAAGUGAAAGGGUUGUAGCACCAUAGUUGAGGUAGCCAGAGGCAUACUGUUACAGCAUGCUGCAGCCUGAGGAGGAUAAAUUGUGAGAAGAAAUCCUCCAAGAAGGCAAAAUACAUUUCAGCUCUGGACCAUGUAAGGCAGUAUCCUACAGGGACCUUGCAUGCAGAUGGAGGCAAAUUGCUCUGUACCUACUCCAUGACUGGAUAUGUCAAGGAAAAACAGUGUAGAUCAGCGCUUAAAGUGCAAGGCACAUGUGAAGCAAAAGGUGGCUGCAGAGGCUGAAGGUCAGAGCAAGAAAGAAGCGACUGUGUACUUGCUCUUUAAAAGGAUCGUGGAAAGCAGCUUGGCGAGGCAAAUGGUGACAUUUUUCCCUCGUGGAGGCUUUUGUGGCAGCAAACAUCCUGCUGAAGAAAAUUGACCAUCCUAAGUUAAGGGACUACUUGAUCAAAAAUGUACCAAAUGCUGAAUGUUUCCCAUGUGCAGACAAGCUUCGCCAGAACUAUGUCCCUGCAGUGAUUGCUUUGCACAUACAAUCCAAAAAAUCUGAAAUGCAUGAAUUGGCAGUGUAUGAAUCCAUCUCCAUUGUGGCCGAUGAAGCCACCAGCCUUCAAAAUAAUUAUGUCUUGCGCAUUUUAUUUGUACCUGAGAGCUGGACAGACUGGGACCUGCCUGCUUUUCAAACAGAGGCGGUCCAGCUCACAUCUGUCAAUUCUUGUACCGUGGCUUAGGCUGCAGUGAAGGCUGUUGUUGACUGCGGCUUAGAAUUUAACAAGAUUUCAGCAUUUCUGUCCAGCAGUGCCAUGUAUAUGUGGAAGGCUUUCUCUGAUGUGCUCCAUGGACAGAUGCCCAGUGCAAUUCAUGUCACCCGCAAUGUGCAUGUUCUGUCUUUGGUAAGUGACAUGUGGCAUAUGCAGUUCCCUGAUGUGGAUAGCCUGGUUUCCUCCUUCAAGAAAGCCUUCAAGCACUGUCCAGGCUGUAAGCUCCAGUACAAGGAGUCUCUUGCCAGUCAAAGUGGAGACUCACGUGCGACUGUGCCACUGCCAUGAGAGCCUGUGCUCACAAGAUGGAAUUUGUGGUUCAACACGGUCCAUUACCACGCCGAGAAUAUGCAGUACUACCAGUAGUUUGUAUCUGAGGAGCUAGAAAUCACACCUGGCACACAGUAUAUGCUUAAGCUACGUGAUCUGGAGCAAGGAGACAUUAAAAAUCAAGUGAAGUUUGUGGCAGAAAAUGCCACCUGGUUCAUGGAGCUUCUAACGUGGUUUGAAGGCUGGCAGGCUGCGAUCCACCAUGCACAUAAGCUGAUGGAUUGGAUAAGCUGGGUUGAAGAUAUGGCAUCACAAGAAUUAUCAAGCUGUCCUCAUGAAAACCAGUGGAGAAGGAACCUGUUCCAGGCAAUAACUGCAAAAUUAAACCAGUACUACAAGUACAACCCAUCACUACCACCACAGCUCAAACAACCAGCUGCCUCCUUCCUUAGUGCCAUUCGCAUUUUUUACCCCAGUCAGGCACCUUUGCUGAGUUUGAUUUCAGCAGCUGAAGGUCAAAUCCCUGGAUGGCAGAAAGAGCAUGACAAGCAAUGUGCUGCUUACAUUAACUUUGUCAAAGAGUGCCAGGUGCCUGUGACUGUGUUUUGGGAGUCUGUUUUUGAUCGGUUUCCACAUCCGUAUGCUCUGGCAAAAAGCUGCCUCACCAUUCCAACCAGCUCAGUGGAUUCUGAAGGUGCAGUCUCAAUGUACGGACAAGUGUUCACCCCACAGAGACCGAGGAUGUCAAUGGCAACUUCCGGUGGAUGCUCCAUGCUAGCGUUUAACAGCUAACAUGAAUUGCCUAUCUCAAGCAGGUACCAUGAUGGUGAGCAGAGCUGAGGUGCAACUUCCUGAGGCAGGGAUUGCAAACCUGGAGGUGAUCCCAGUCAGCAACCAACUCCCUAUACAAUGGGGACAGCAAGCAGCUGUGGAACAAAAGAGCCCUGCAUGCAGGGAAGGCUUCAAGGGGCAGAGAGCCUCAAAGACCCACAAGGGCAUCACUCACAGGACAGAUGUGUUAUAUAUAUGUGGAGAAUGUGGUGAGAGCUUCUGGGGCCAAGAAGAACUCAGGGUGCACAAACGGACCCACAGCAGGGAGGUGGUCCACCCCAGUGUUGAGCGCUUCCAAUACAAGCACCUGAGAUCACCCUCAGGAAAGUUACCCCACCUUUGUCACGACUGCGGGAAGAGCUUCAACAACCCGACCCACCUCCGCGUGCACCAACGCAUCCAUACUGGGGAGAAACCAUACCAGUGUGGGGAGUGUGGAAAGAGCUUUCACCAGCUGUCCCAUCUCCAAGUGCACCAGCGCAUCCACACUGGGGAGAAGCCAUAUGGCUGCGGCCAGUGUGGGAAGAGCUUCCGGCACGUGUCUGCUCUCACUCAGCACCAGCUCAUCCACAGUGGGGAGAAGCCCUAUGGCUGCCCAGACUGUGGGAAGAGCUUCAAUCACCCAUCUCAUCUCCGUGUCCACCAGCGCCUCCACACCGGGGAGAAGCCACAUCACUGCGCUCACUGUGGGAAGAGCUUCAGCGACCCAUCUUACUUCCGUGUUCACCUGCGCAUCCACACAGGGGAGAAGCCAUACCAAUGUGUGGAGUGCACGAUGAGCUUUGCCCGCCCAGACCUCCUCCGCAUCCACCAGCGUGUGCAUACAGGGGAGAAGCCGUAUCAGUGCACCGAAUGUGGGAAGAGCUUCCGGCAGAGUACCUCUCUCACCCAACACCAGAGAACCCACACUGGGGAGAAGCCAUUUCACUGUGGGCACUGUGGGAAGAGCUUCAGCCACUCCUCUCAUCUCCAUGUCCAUGAACGCCUUCACACUGGCGAGAAACCACACCAUUGCGGGGACUGUGGGAAGAGCUUUAAAGACCAGUCCCACCUGCGUGUCCAUCAGCGCAUCCACACAGGGGAGAAGCCAUACCACUGCCCGGAGUGUGGGAAGAGCUUCCGGCAGAGCUCUGCUCUCACCCAGCAUCAGCGUAUCCACAGUGGGGAGAAACCAUUUCAAUGCACACAGUGUGGAAAGAGCUUUGAUUACCCAUCCAAGCUCCAGCUCCACCAGCGCCUCCACACGGGGGAGAGGCCACACCCUUGUGCAGAGUGCGAGAAGAGUUUCCACAACCUGUCCGACCUCCGAGCCCAUCAGCAUGUGCACACGGGGGAGAAGCCACACCACUGUGGGGAGUGUGGGAAGGGCUUUACCCGCCUGUCCCACUUGCGAGCCCACCAGCACAUCCACACGGGGGAGAAGCCAUACGGCUGUGCUCAGUGUGGGAAGAGCUUCCGGCAGAGCACAUCGCUCACCCAGCACCAGCGUCUGCACACCGGAGAGAAACCAUUUCACUGCGAGGACUGUGGGAAGAGCUUUAAAGACCCAUCCCACCUACACGUCCAUCAGCGCAUCCAUACUGGGGAGAAGCCAUUUCACUGCACGCAGUGUGGGAAAAGCUUCCGGCAGAGCUCUGUUCUCACCAAGCAUCAGCGCACCCACAGGCUAGAACCUAACAACUGACAUGGGAUAGUGUCUCCAGCUACAGCUUGUUGUCCUCUCCAGCCUGUGACUUGAAGAGGAGAAGGGAGAGAGUCCAGCACCUGUUCUGAAAUGUCCCCAUACACUAGUCACUGGGCUUGCAUGGCCCUGGGGAUGGGAGCGUUCUGGAAAUCUCCUAAACAGUCUGUACUGGGGGUUACAGGCUACAACUGGGAGAGAGGGGACAAGUGGGCUCAGGGCUGCACUGCAGGGGUCCUGGUUUUCCCUUGGUCAAUUUGUUGCCCAGAUUUAAUGUUAAAAUUUAGGCGGUGGCACUGAAGUGGUAAAAGUGGGCUUGGACAAGAACAGUCUGUUUUCUGAAGAGGUUAUUUAUUGAGUACAGCAAGUUACAAUUAAGCUUAAAGCCAGGAAACAGCAGAAACUUUGCAGAAGUUUUAUGUCGUCCCAAGGAGUGUGUCUCCCUGCAGCUGGCCAGGCAUUUCUAAAUGUUUCCAGGGUCUGCAGUCUUUCUUUUUUGAUAGGUGGGGUGGGGGUCCACAUUUUUCAUUUUUGUUUCUUUUAUGGGUGGUCUGUACCCCGUCUUUCUCUCGGUUGCCUUGACAACAGCAUGUCUUCUGCUUUUUGCCUAUCUCCAGAUGGUUUUUCUGCCUUUUUAUAGGUGUUUUUUCUGUGUUUUCUAGUUCUUGUUGCUUUUCUGCUUAUAUAUGGUGCUGUUUACCAAGUGCCUACUGUUUACUUAAGCAGGUCAAUUCUGUUGCAGUCCCUUGCUUACGUAAGUUACGCACAGAUUACAUUCAGUGCACAUGCACGUUAUUCUUAGCAUUUUUUCUUAUAGAAUUGGUUACAGAGCCCAAAACAGUUUCAUUUUGCCAUGCCAUCUGCCAACAAGUUGUCCAUGUUGCAGGAUCCGGGGGUACUCCUUCCAGCCCCACUGCUGCAGGUUUGGAUGAGAGCGAACAAAACAAACUUAAUCACUGCCACGUAGCUAAUAGUAUCUCUGACGUAGUUGUGAGCAUAGUAGCACUAAAUUACUUUUUUUCUGCCAUAGCCUUUUGCUUUGUGGUUUUUACCCUGGUCUAUUCGUUCUUCUUUGUGGAAGUAUUUUGGGUGCCAUUAAAGUGCAGGUUUGUCUUUUUCAUCCAAUUCACUUGACCAUAAGGUGGGAUCAUAGGCACAGGGGAGAAGGCACUAGGACAGCUACGUUCAGGACAGAGCAAGAGAGGCAGGAAACUGCCCUACAGUAACUGUGUUUUUGGAAGAGAGUGAGCAUUUCUCCAGCCAACACUCUUCCAGGAGAAAGCUAAGCUUCCUCAGACUUGUCUCUUCCGCUCUCCCAGAACAGAAAAUAUUCAACUUAAUCUAUCAGGAGUGGAGGUGAUUACUAUCUAGUAUAGUCUAGACAAUGGCUGAAACAAAGCACAGUCUGAAUGCUAUAUGGAGAGGUCUCACAGGGCAGGAUGGGAAAGGAUGACAAUCGGGUCCCAGAACAAGGGUAAACUGAGGUCCCUCCAGUGUUCACCAGGGUUGAAAGGUAUGGUCCCAGCUGCUGAGUAGAUGACACUGACCUUCCCAGCCAGAUCAACAUAUGUGUGCAUUUUACUUAAAGUAAAGACUAUGGGAAUUGAUAACCCAGGGGCUGGGAGAUUGGGCAGGAUACACUUAGACCCCAUGCCUCUUGGGCCCCACCACAUGUCAGGCCGAUAAGCCCCAGAGGGAGCCAGGAUCCCUACUUCUGGGUGGAAACAAGCCCCUCAUGGUAAUCCUGCUCUCUGCGGGAUGGCAAGUCUUCCCGACUCUUCACCUUUUGUCUCUGAGGAAAAAAAGAGUCCUCAAGCUGGGGAGAAUGUGGCAGCUGUGUUUGUCUCUGUCCAGCAGAGUCAUGCUGAGCAGUCUAAUUUUCCCAGUGUGGAGGGAGUGGUCACUGGACAAGGUUGGCAGCAGUUGUUGUUGUUCUGGGUCAGAAUCUGGCACCCUGGCGGGAGGUGUUUAAUGGAGAAGGAUUAAUUUUCAGGUCACUGCUCGCAGGUGUGCGGGCCGGGAGUGGUCUGAGGCCUUCGGGGGCGCGCGGCAGGCUGUGGCCAGCAGCCCUGGCACGUGGGUCGGGGAAUGCAGGCCGGCAGACUAGAAUUAGGCACGGACGCGUAGCGGUUGAUUAAAGAUUAUUUUACUUACACCGUAGAUGGUCACAGUGCAGGCAGGAAAAACUUGCUCGCGUUGCAGUUACAGACAGACACGUGGAGUUUGCUAGGCUCCACAACACGAACUCGAACAAGACCCGCAGAAAACUCGAGCCUCUUGAAAUAACUCGGACAGAGCUCUGGAUAUACACACACACACACACACACACACACACACACACGAAGCUUGCUAGGCUCCGUGGAACAAGCGCGCAGGGAAGGGGUUCGUUGAGGGAUUGUGCUCGGCGACGGGGAGAGGCCAGAGGUUGAUCACACCCCUGUAGCCUUAAGGCACACGCUGGGUCCGUUAGGCUCCGCAGCGCUUAGAGUUCUUCACGAGACGUGAAGUCUUCCUCCUCCAUGAGAUGGUUGUGGAGUCCUCCAAUUUGGGCGGAAACCGCUCAAGCCUCUUAUAUGGCUAGCAAGCCAAUCGCUAGCCGCCAUGUGGGAAUAAUUUAGAACUGGCCAAUAGUGGGACAUAUUUGCAUGCGGGUGGCGGGAACUCCUUUGCACUGGGGUUUUCUCUUUGCAACUGAGAAAUGCACCCUGCAAAGAAAGCUCCUCGUGGCGGGAAAUAAUUUAGCAGUGCCGAAGCACACGCACACAAAAUCACACCCUUGGGUUGUGACAGCAGGCAGGGUUUUCUCCCCGUCAGUCCCUUCCAGGAAAGAUUCGGAUCACCUGCACUACAGGGUUUCUGCUGGUGCAGUGAUGGUAGCAGCACCUGCUCAUGUGGACACAACCUUUAUGUUGACAAAGGGAGUAUCUGCACCACUUCUCUGGAUGAUGGAGAUUGAAUUGAGCAAAUGCCCCCAGAACUCUGUAUACCAGGGCCUUUAAUGGAGCCCCUGUGUCAGCUGACGGGUGGGAAGUUUCUCACCUUACCCAGUAUAAAAUCCUGAUGUCCCCCAACACCUCCUUGAGCCACCUUAGCUUCUGUAUUCCUCCCAUAGCACGCCAGACCAUAAUCUCCUACUGCCCAGCACUCCACCGGCUGUGUUAUAGCUCUUCUCUCUUGGCUGACCUGAACAGGGGGAAAAGCAGUCUGUCCUGGCCUGGAUGGAGGUUUUAUGAAAUACAAGGGGUGGGUUGGGAUAGAGAGGCUAAUGGGGAGAUUGGUAGGGGGCAGGGAGUAGAGAGUUAAGGGACUGCCAGAGGCAUAGUGUUUGCAGUGAUGGAGGUUUGUAGCGGUGUAACAGGGUUGCAGUGAGAGGGAGUAGAGCCUUAUGGGUAAUAAUAGGGAUAUGAGGAUUAGGCAAAACAUUCCCCCCUUUCAUGACAUUUCUAAACUGGCCUCCCUUACUGCUUUACUUAUCUGUGCCCUCCAGUACAGACUUUUCUUAACCACCUUUGUUCUUCAGGAAACAUUUUCCCUGCGUCUCCUUGCUUGACCAGUGUGACAAGCAUCCUGUUGUGGAGAAUUCGUCUCGGUCUCAGUUAUGGGCUCAAUUUUGUCUGUACCCAGAGGAGAAGCUGAGCAGGAUUCUGUCCUAGACCUUGGGGCACAGGACCCUGCAAAGAGGGAAGAACGCAGGGCCUGUUCUCAUUUGGUGAAGGAAACUGGCACCUCUGUCCCCAGGAGGGGCUGCAACAGGAGGACAUGGAGUCACCCUGACUGAGGAGUGGGCUGGGCUGAGGGGAGAUACUGUUGGCCUAAAAUUACCCCUCCUCUAAUCACAGCUGUUUCUGCCCCAUUCCUGGCCACACAGCCCCUCCAAAUGUCCCACCCCACAACCUGGGGCAGAACCAGAGCAUUCCCUGGUGGGUUCCCCAGCCCAAGGGCAGCCUUUCCAUCCCCCUCAGGGGCUGAGCUGCCUGGGGAGAAAAACUCGAAUCAGUGAGGCAGAUGGAGCCCUCCCCACUCCUGGAGCAGCAGCUGUAGUAGGUGGUGAGUGCAGCUCCCUGGGGGCUGAGAGAAAGGAGCUUUUUCCCUUCACCCCACUGCCCCAGUGGUGACAGGACAAACAGCCCCAGCUCCCCUGUUGCACAAAUUACCAAUUAGCUCAAAUGAUGAGCAAGACAUUAUGAGGGGGAUAAGGCAAAAUGCUGUGUUUAUUGAUUAUAAUAUUCAAAAGAGCACUUAUGCAUACACACACACACUCGCUCUCAAAUACUCUGCAGACGUUAUAGUUACCAAAGUUUGUUGCUCGAAUACUAUACGCUAAGUGGCCAGCCUGGCUAGUAUGAGGUCAGGAACGGGGGAUACAGAUGCGUCUGUGUUCCAGUGAAGUUCGCAGAGCGUUACCCCACCUCCCGCUGCAGAGCCGACCUGAGCAGGGUGCGGGGCCCGGAGCAAAUCAGCCCAUGUGGGGCCCCGGCCCCACUCGUCGCGCAGGCCCUGGACCCAAAGAAGCUGCUGCUGGCGGUAUCAGCGGCAAGGGGGCAGCGAGUGGCUGGAUGCAGAGCUACUGCUCCGCCCAGUUCUGCGCCACCGCUGCUCUGCCCAGCUCCGUGGGGCCCCUCAAAGCACCGGGUCCGGGGCGGUCACCCUGAUUCGCACCCCCCCAGGGAUGGCUCUGUCUUGCUGCUAAGUCUCUCUCCUUUGUAGGGGUUAUCAAGUUGGUGUUGGAUGACUGGUCUGCCUUUUCGAUUCUGUAGUUCCUUUGUCUGAAAUCUCAGUACUUGUCCACCCUGACAAACAGUUAGGCCUAUGCAUUGUCUUUAGGUGUUGCUCUUCAAUCACUGUUUUACAACAUCCUUCUGUUAUCACUGGUGUGGGCUGUGGCCAGAGUCUCUAGCUUUGAGAUACUGUAGACCUUGUCUUCAGUCUUCUUUUCUGUUUACCUUUAUUCUUUGCCUGGUACAGACCGGAUUCUUCAGCCACUUGAACAUGAUUCACCAUUUGGUAACUUGUUUGCUGACAUAUAGCUUACUCUGCUUUUACCAUUCACUCUUCAUUCAUUCAUCCAUACAUCCAAAUAUAUAUAAAGACACAAUAACAAACUUAAUUAGUUAUAGCAACUUAAAAUCACUAUAUUAAAACAUAAAAUAUGACUGCUAUACUUAUGCUAAACAUUAUUUAUACUAAAGCUUAAUUAAAACUAAAUAUUAAAAUAAAUGCAAAUUAGUUUAAAAACAAAUAAACCAAUGCUGGUGCAACACUCCCCACCCCCUGCCGUGGACUAAGGGGAUCAAGUCCCCCCAGACCAGGGCUGUGCAGCCCCAGCUCCCAAGGGCUGAGGGGGGCGGGGGCAGGCUGGGGCAAUUGCACCUCUGGAAGGGACCGUUGCUAGGGCUGGAAGGGUUCAGUUCCAGCCCCAGGGGAGCCUGUCUGGGGUAUUAUUUUCUCCUCUAUGUAUAUUUUAAAGCUUUAUUCCCCCACAUGGCUGCCCUCAUUUCAGGCUUAAGUUUAUUCACACCUUGGGGAUAAUUUUCAACUCGUUGGCUUCCUCAUGAAUGAAAUUGGUUCCUCUGGCCCAGGAGGCACUUGGCUAGUUACAUUCAUUUUAGGAAAGGGGAACAUGGGCUGGGGGGCGGGGCACCAGGGGAAAUGGCUCCCAUGUGAACUAAACCAGGGCAUCCUUGUGUGUAUGUCACAGGCCUGAGGGUGCUGUCAGGACCAGAGCUUGAAAAGCCCACGUUUUUCCUCCCUGUGCCCCUCGCUUAGGACAGCUGAGGGAAUCUUAGAGAAGUGGGGCAGAAAGGUAUCUCCAGAGGUCCUGUCCACUCCAACCCCAUGCCUGAGCGGGGAUCAGUCCUGUCCAAACUAUCCACUGCAGACCCAUCACCUAAACUCUAAACUUCCAAUACUGUGCCUCUUAGAAGCUCCCAGCCGUCCUGAGCACAUCUUUAUACAAAAGGAGAAUUGGUAAUCGGGGGAACUUUGUAGUGGCUAUGGGGAGCCUGCAUGGUGUGCGGAUUACGUUGUCACAGGUACAAAUGCUUUAACUCCUGGUCUGACGUACUUGUUAGGCCAUGUUAAGGGCUGUGUUUGUAGACAAGAAACCUGGCCGAAUCUGUCGUCGAACCAAGCCUGUGGUCAUUCUUUAAGAUUGGUGUUGGGAUCUUCUGGUUGUGACUUUGUCAAUACCACAGCUCUUGAGACUGACACUGACAGGACAUCAAUGACACCCAAUGAGGAAAACAGCAGUGAUGACACUAACACCCAAUAGCACCAGUCAUGAAUUGAAAACUUUAUUGAGAUAUGCUCUAGCAAUGGCUUCUCCACAUUGAUGAAGGCAGUGCUUACGGAGACUUUGAAGAAAAACAGGUCUACUGGCCAGGUGUCAUUGGUCCUUCAGGGCCUUUUGUUGCUGUUACAAGCAACCCCCACGUAACGCUGUUUCGCGUAGCGCUGUUUCACUAUAACGCUCAUUUUAAAUUGAUACCUGAUUCCACUUAGCACUCAGCAAGUUUCAUUAUAACACUCGCGGUCACCAUCUUGGGUCAUCAAAAACUUUCAGUUUUGCUUAACGCUUGUUUCACUUAACACUUGGUUUUUCAGGAACCAAUUAAGAGCACUAAGCAGGGGUUGCCUGUCCUGUAUUCUUCUUUCAGAGUUGAGCUCAUGAUAGUCCUAUGUUACACCAAUUUAUCAUACAAAUCAUAGAAUCAUAGAAAAUGAGGGUUGGAAAGGACCUCAGAAGGUCUUCUAGUCCAACCCUCUGGUCAAAGCAAGACCAUCCCCAACUAUAUCACCCAACCAACUUAACCACAGAGCAUAUAGGUUUUCCCUAUUUAGUUGUAUUUUCAUGCUGAACCAAUUGCCACCUACUUGCAUUUUAAGGACACAUCAGGGUUAUUUACAGCCUAUGCUCACUAUACAACAACCCUUAUGCAUGUGCUAUCAUGGCUUCUACUUGGAUCAAGCUAAGCCAGGCCAGGCUAGCACGAGGCUUAUGUUGCACAUAUGACCAGAGCCGACCCUAGGGGUGUGCAGGGCCCAGGGCAUAUAAACCUGUGCGGGGUCUGUGUGGGUGGGGGCAACAGAUGGAGUGCAAAGCUGGCAGUGCAUGGCAGCCGUGCAGAGUGGUGGCAUCCUGAGCACAGGGCCUGGGGCAGUCACCCCAAUUCGCACCCCCCCAAGGGACAGCUCUGCAUAUGGCAUACAGUUCACUCUGCCUUUCAGCAUCCACUCCCUGCUGCCGUGUGACACAGGAAACUGAGCAAAAUAGACCCAGGGUCUGACCCAGUCCAUGGCAGGCCUUAUGUUCUUAUCAUAGGAGCUUGCAGGGCAUGUCAAAGGAGCUAGAGGAGGCUUGCCAGAUGCUGUCCAUUUGUACCAUUGCCCUUAUGGAGAUACCCUCUGGCCACACAGCUAGAUAUGGGGCAAGCAGCCAAGACUCCCCAGAGGGGCUGUCCUCACCCUUUGGCCAUGGGGAAUGGGCCAAACACAGCCAAGAAGAGUGCUGGCAUCUUGUCUCAAACAGGCCUCUGCUGUGCCUAGAGUCCCCCAUACCCAAUGCCAUCCCCCUAGAGCAAGUGGCCAGCCAAGUUUACUUCUCCACAGAGCCAGCAGAUGUGGGGCAUCAAUGACCCUGGAUCACAGGGAGAUACCAGAUCCCAGGGGCACUGAGUUGUCCGAGGUGACUUGAUGGGUCUGGCAGAGCGAGGACUGGAGCCCUCCUACCCAGAGUCUUAGUUCAGUGCCUUCACACUGCCUCAGGCCUGGGGAAGGGUGUUGGGGAGGGGACAGGGCUCUGUAGCGCCCUCUGUGUGCCCUGAUGUUGUUUGCAGGUUCCCCGUGUGAGAUCUUUGGGUACCUGGACAGAAGUAGCUGCCUUCUUCCCCAUUCAAGAUGGUGUCACCAGCUUGGCAAGGAUAAGCCUCAGUGCCAGACAUGGGACACAGACCACAGGGGCACUUCCAGCAUGGCCUGGCUAAAAUAACCCAGUUGGGGGAGAGGGAGAGAUGUCCCUAGGGUGCAGGGACAGAGAUAACCUAGGAACCAGUGAUAGGAGCUGAAUUCAGCCUAAAGGGAGAAGCAACUUCCCCAAGCCCAGCUUACAGACCCAUGGAGAUGGGCAGGACACACAGUGUAAUAAGGUAACAAAAUCUGCCUAUAAAGCAGAAUUAAAUUUAAAAACAGUAGAAAAUAAAAAAAAAGCUUAAAGCAUUAUAUAAAAAAAAGAAACAUGAUCUUAACGCAGUUUGAAAGUGCAGCAACCUUACUCCCUUACACAUAAUUAAAGAAAAAAAGAAGCCUGAAGUCAGCCAAAACAUACAUAGGCAAUACACAAUAAGAGGCAGAACUAACAGAAUAAGCUAAAAAAAAUUAAGGUACGUGUCUAAAGUCUUUAAACCCAAUUAAUAGAAAAAGGUUUGCAAAUCCAGGCAGCAUCAAGCUGAUGACUCUUUUUAGACCUGUAGAAAUAGUUAAAAAUGAAAAUGAACUUCUAUCCCAGCACUAAAAUGGUCUCACAUGCAUAUGUGCUUAAAGUAGCAUUGGGAUGACAUUGUAGCCAUGAUGGUCCAGGAAAUGUCCAGAGGCAAGGCCUUUUGGUGAUAUGUUUUACUGGACCAAUGGUAUAAUUGGGAGAGCUGCUGAACAAGGUUUUUGAGCAUCAGGUGGCCUUCAUCAGUCUGAAGGGGAAGCAGAGGCAUGCUGAGCUAAAUAUCAGAUGGUGGUGUUAUACGUUACACUUGGUACACGCUAACUCCAUAGAAUGCUAUGUGGUAUUAAUGUUAGAACUGCUCUGAGCAGUUAUGUGUUAAUACCAUCUCUUGACUUGCACAGCUCUGACUUGCCGCUAGAAGCCUGGUGAGCAAGCAUAUGGCUAGGAGCCAGGAUGCCUGGGUUCUAUCCCUGCUCUGAGGGGUGGGAGGGGGCUGGCCUAGAGACUUGAGGGCAAUCACUGUGUGUUGGUGUAAUGGAGUUGUUACCAGAUUUGCUCAUCACUUUGGGGUAUGCUCAUUUAUUAGGGAUAUGUUUUUAGAGUCUUUGUAAUUCUAUCAAUGUGCUGCUUGUGUUACUUGUGUUUCUAUAUGGAGCUGUAUAUCUCCCUUCUGCAAUUCCUCACCCGCAAUGGAGCUAUCUUGCAGGACUGUUUCAAUGGGGCUGGGUUCCUCCAGCCACCAAAUCAGUCACACACACACACUCUCUCCCUCUCUGUGACACGCCUGACCUGGCUGGGCUCAUCAACAUGUACAGGCUGACACCCUCAUAUGCCAAGAAUCAGUUCAUUAAGGUAACAAUAAAAUACAGUCAGACACAAGCACACAGGUGAACAGAAUACCUCUGAAUCCGGCUGGGUGUCCAACUGACACGCUUAUGGCCAGCAUUUAGUUCAUUAGGGCAUGUCUGAGCCAAAGUGGGUCAAUCAGCCUAUACAAGCUGAGUCCCUUAUGUGUUUCAAACUCAGCACAUCCCAACCUUUUGCCCUAACUGUCCUAAUAGUGGUAGCCUCUUGAUGAGCAGACCCCACAGUAUGUUUGGGCUUCACAGGGAUCUUUGGCUUAGGUAAGAGAAGUGUUGCUGCAGAGCAAGUGGGGAAGGGGAAAUAAGGAAAAAUAUACCCAGUUACCAGUAGUUUGACUAUAAAAGUUAUUUAUUUCUAAGUAUAUAAAAUGUAUAAUGGUACUAGUAAUAAUACACAUGCAAGGGAAAACAAACAAAAACAAUUACAAUAUUACCCUGGUUUCAUUGAGUAUUUGGGGAAACCUAGCUCAAGCUUAACUAAUAAAAUUCAGGUUCAGAAAGCUAUGCCUAAAGAGAAAAAGAAAGAGAGAGAAAGAGAGAGAGUGAGAGCUGGGAUCUCACCGUUUCAAGGCAUUCGGGUGAUUUGUUGACAAGCAAAGUUCUCAGCACGAUCCUUGAAAGGGAGAUGGUCUGUUUCUCCCAGCUUCUCAAGAACAAUAGUGGAUGGUGUCAGAGAUAUUUCUCUCUCAGGAAGCACAUUGUUUGCUGCUUUACAACUGUCUUAUACCCUUAGUCUAGCCUCUUCAAAGCAUUCUUUUAAUUGUGUAAAUCAAGAGGGUCCCAAGCCAUAAUUGACAGGAAAAUUCCUGUUAUAUAAACAGUUUAAAUUUAAAUGAAUUACCUUUUUCAGUGACAAGGGGUUAUCUGGUUUGGAACAUCUCAAGAAACUGAUUAACAACCAGGAAAAACAUUAAGUUUUAAGGAGUAACCAGACACCUAGGAGCCAGCUUGAAAUUAUUAUGAAUAUACUGGAAGGGAUCUUUUCAGAUGGCCUAGCUAUGCUUGCACUGUGAAGUCAGCAUUAGUGUUUUGUAUUUUACCUGUUGGGAAUAAGCCUUAGCUUAGCAUGACUUUCAGAUUUUACUUAAAGGGAUUGAUUACUUGUACUGUUCAUAAACUUUGUGAGGAGGACUUCUACCAGUCAUCCCAGGAAAAGUAUGACAGCAUUUGUGGUCAGGGCUCCAACAGGCUGGACACUGUGAUGAACCCUUAACCAUUGUUCAAUGUUGCCCAUGCCCCCUCUGAUUCAGUUUCUUGCCUCAGCAUUCCCUAAACCGGCAACCGAGUUUUAGUCAAUCAAGUUUAAAUAGGCCUCCCAUUGUGGGACCGGGGAGUGUACGGCCCGAGAUGCCUAUUAAACUUUUCUUCUGCUUAGUUCUGGUUAGAUGAGGCGGGGAUAGAAAAAGUUUUUUGUAAGUCCAGGAAGCUGGGUGCUAGGCCUCCCUCAGGAAGACAGAGCUGACAGGUAACAGAGUGUGAACAAUUAUGAAAUAUCUAUUCAUCUUUGUGAUGGAGUUUGCUUAUUUUGUGGGCGAUGUAAGAUUUUGGAGACUCUGGGGUGGCCACAUUUCCCCCACAUCCUAACUGCUCUCCCCUAACCAGUCGGGGGCACUGUAUCUUCCCUUCCAAGACACACCUGUUCCCAUCCUGGCAUAGGGGAGGGUAGGAUGGGGCUGGCCAGCUCUGAGCAAGUGCAAACCAUCUGCUUGGAGGAAUAGAAGCGGGGCAUGAACUAGGUAUGAAGCAGUGGAAACGAGCAGUUCUAAGCCAUCCCUGGAGGUAUUCAAGAGGUUCAAGAAAAACACCUUUUCUUUCUUGCUGGUGAAGCCACAUCUGGAGUACUGUAUUCAGUUUUGCGCCCCUCACUACAGAAAGGAUGUGGACAAAUUGGAGAGAGUCCAGUGGAGGGCAACAAAAUGGUUAGGGGGCUGGGGCACAUGACAUAUGAGGAGAGGCAGAGGGAACUGGGCUUAUUUGGUUUGGAGAAGAGACGAUUGAGUGGGGAUUUAAUAGCAGCCUUCAAUUACCUGAAGGGAGGUUUGAAAGAGGAUGGAGCUGGACUGUUCUUAGUGGUGGCAGAACAAGGAGCAAUGGUCUCAAGUUGCAGCAAGGGAAGUUUAGGUUAGAUAUUAGGAAAAAGUUCCUCACUGGUAUGGUAAUAAAAUAAAACACUGGAACAGGAUACCCAGUCAGGUGGUGGAAUCUCCAUCGCCACAGGUUUUUAAGACCCGGCUAGACAAAGCUUUGGCUGGAAAGAUCCAGUUGAGGAUGAUCCUGCAGUGAGCAGGGGGUUGGACUAGAUGACCUGAGGUCCCUUCCCACCCUAAUUUUCUAUGAUUCUAUGAUCAUGGGCCAAUGGCUUGAAGUUGCAACAAAGCAGACUUAGCUUGGAUAUGAAAAAUAGUUUUCAUUGGUAGAGCAAUGGAAUUUCAUUGGUAGACUGUGGAAUAGACACCUAAGGAACGUGUGGACUCUCCAUCACUGGAGCUGCUAAAAAAAAAGGUUGGACAGUCACUGGUCUGGGAUGACCCAAGUGUAGGGAUAGCUUCUACUAUGGGGAUUUCCCAGGCUUUUUGGCUUUGCUAGUUGUCCCCACCCCCCAUUUCUGCUACAUGUCACGGUGUCUUUAAGUCUCCCUCACAGACAUUGGGUGUUGGUUGCUGUCAAGUCUGGGGAUGGUAACUGGGCUGUGCCAAUGCUCCUGCUGGGACCAAAGCAGGAGAUUCCUGUUUAGAGGGUUUUGUCCCUAUGCUCAGGGUCAGCCCAGUGCCAUAUUUGAGGUCAGGAAGGAAUUUUAGCCCACGGACAGAUUAGUAUGGACUAGGGGUGGUUUUUGCCUUCCUGUGUAGCUGGAGUCAUGGCCUCUACCUGGGAUCUCUUAAGCAUAUAUUGACAAUGGCCAUGUCUACACAAGACACUGACUGCGCAGUAGCCUGUGACUACUGUGCAGUAGCGCUGGGUGGCAGAAAGCAUGAUGUGAUGCUACUAUGCAGUAGUCUUGAGCUACUGCGCAGUCAGCAUCACGAAAAAGAUGUUCAGUGACACUACUGCACAGUAAUUCAGGUUACUGCACAAGUGCUAAAUGACUGUGCAGUCAGUGUCUCAUGUAGACGUGACCAACAUUUCAAAGAAGUAGGACACUGGGUGCCAUGAUUCCCUUGCUUUACCUGUGGCAGAUUAGACUGUUAGGUCUGCGUUGUGUCAGGGUUGAUGGUAGUCUUAUGUAGAGUUUAGAUUAUGGAUUGCACAGAAUGAUUUGGAUAGGGCUCAUCCUGCCUCAGGCAGGGGGUUGGACUAGAUGACUUCUGGAGGUCCCUUCCAGCCCCACUGCUCUCGGAUUUUCUAUGAUUUGUUUUCCCAUGAACAAGAAUACAGUCACAUGCAUAUAUUACUUCUUACAGUGACAUCUCAGGAGAAGAGAAAUGUUAUAAAGCUGUGUCAAAGUAAAUUAAGAAAUUAAUAUAAAUUUUCAGUUGUUAUUUGGUGUUUUGAAACACCAGCAAGUGCUUUUUGACUGCACGUGGUUUCUCAGGUAUAAAAAAGGGUUCUGUGUUUGCAGUUUAGUGACUAGAUACUAUUAGGAAACUCAUUUAUUUUUCUUCUUAGUCCUUAAGCUAAACUGCUUUUUUUCUCCAAGUUCAUGAACAUGAUUUUGCAUUUCAAAGGAGUCAUGAAUUGAGACAGUUCUUAGCUCAUGGGAAAAGCCUUUCUUUUUACAUUCUUUUUCUUAGUUAAAUAAGCUGUAAGCACAGCUUCUCCUGGAAUCUCUUGAACAUAUAGUAACAACCUUUUAUAGAAACAGGAUGUUGGCUGCCAUGGUUCCCCUGCUUUCCCUGUGGCAGAUUUAGGAGUGAUGUCUAUGUUGUGUUACGGUUGAUGAUAGUCUUAUGUAGAGCAUAGCUUAUGGAUUGGAUGGGAUAGUUUGGAUAGAACUGAUCCUGCCUUAGGCUGGGGGUUGGACUUGAUGUAACUUCUGGAGGUCCCUUCCAGGCCUAGUUUUCUAUGUCUCUAUGACAAAAUUUAUUUUUCCAUAUAAUCCUAAAUUUAUCUCACAGCCUGAUAUGGAUCUGCAUCUAUGAUUUAUUUAAUAUGUGUUAAAAUGCAUACAUUUUGUAUGUCAUGUCUUUUUCAUGUAUUGUAACAACCAUGAAUUAUGCGAAUAAAAUCACAGACAUGUAUUUUUAACAAGAAUUAA